UUCCAUCAAACGUUAACUCGAUCACCAAAGAUUGUAGGCUUUGCUCAUCAACUGGAUCGUGGAGGAAUAGAAUUUCAACAUGGGCGUUCUCGGAGCAAUAGCCAGACAUUUGGACACAUUAGUCGGGCCUGGAGUGAUGCUUCUAUAUCCUUUAUACGCAUCAAUGCGAGCAAUUGAGAGUCCAUCAACCCUAGACGAUCAGCAGUGGCUAACAUACUGGGUUUUAUACUCCUUCAUAACCCUUUUCGAGCUUUCUUGUUGGAAAGUUCUUGCUUGGUUUCCGAUUUGGCCAUACAUGAAGCUCGUGUUUUGCAUGUGGCUGGUGCUGCCAAUAUUUAACGGGGCGGCAUAUAUUUACGGGAGUAUUGUGAGGAAGUAUGUUAAGAUGGGGGGCGUUGUGAGCUCAACUUAUUCUGAGGACCACAAGAAGGCGCUCCAGAUGAUGACCCUCGACGCAAGAAAAUCCGUAGAGCGUUACAUUGAUAGACAUGGGCCUGAAGCGUUUGAGAGAGUCAUCAAAGCGGCUGAAAGAGAAGUAAAGAAGAACUGAUUCCAAGAUACGUAAAACUCAGUCACGGCAAUAAAUGUAUGAGAUUCAUGUAAAUACAAGAGGAAAUAAACCCUCCUCAGAGACAGUACUACCAAACACCUCAGGCUUGUGAGGCAUAUAUUUCUUUUCUGUUUUCUCUAUCAUAUAAUGUAAGGCUUGUUAAGCUCCAUCUUAGUACCGAUGUUGGGGUAUCCAACUCCACCAUUAAUGAUUCA